UUCUGAAAGUCUACAGUACAUUUGAACAAAUUCGAAAGUGAAAGAAAACUGCGACAAAUAGGCACAGCACAUUUAUUGUUCUACAGAUCAGGUCUAGCUAGAUCAGGUCUAGUUAUUCGCAUAAGUGUGAUUGAGAUAUAUGAUAAAGGAUUGUAAUCAUUAUUUUCUGAACUAAUAUUUCCCGACUUCAUUUGGAUGUCGUGAUUUUUCAGAGAUUUUACGCACGACAUGCCACCUUGCGUUAUUGAAAAAAACAGCUCGAGGGCCCUGUAUACAGUUAUGUGGUUGUACAUAUUGGCAGCUUGGGGUGUGUGUCUCUCCACUGCCACUUCUGAAAUGUUCACGUGUUCGGUACCCGUGGAUCCAGUCUCGGCACGGUUGGGACAUGUUGCCACCAUGCCAUGCUGGCUCACCCUUUCCAUGAACGCAGAGGGCCUGGAGGUGCGUUGGUACCGGCCCAAAGAUUUCGACAACCCGGUCUUGCACUACAGAGAGAGGAAGAUCCAGGAAGCAUCACAGCAGUCCCAAUACGUGGGCCGCAGCUCCCUGGGGCUCCGGGAGGUUACGUCACAAGGGCUGAAGGGAGGGGAUGUGACCUUGAAGCUGGUUAAUGUCACUCUGAGAGACCAAGGGGAGUAUGUGUGUUACGUCAGCAGUAACCAGGACUAUGGGACUGCCAGUGUCUUUCUCAAUGUGACUGUGAGGGGCACCCCUCCUCUCCUCUCAGCAGUCAGAACAGAUGCUGACUCUGUGAAUGUGAGCUGUGUUUCCCAUGGAUGGAAGCCAAGGCCCAGGCUACAGUGGUCAGAUGGGAGGCAGACUCUGAAACCUGAGAAGCUGGACUACAGCAGUGGUGCCCAUGGUCUGGUGUCUGCCCACAGCUGGGUCCUCUCUUCCCCCUCCAGUGCUCCCUGGGUAUCCUGUUCUCUGGUUCUGUCUGAAGGGGAGGAGAUGGAGGGAAGAGUGGACCUACGGGACGUUGCGGCUGUACCAGAGACUUCAUCAGGACUGCUAACAGCUGUCAUCAUUUUAGCUCUGCUUCUGCUCCUGUCCGUUGUCUUCAUCGGUGUGCUCUACAAAAAGAGAGGAAACAAAUCAACACAUGUGCCUAAAGGAGAUAUAGUGGAUAUCGAGACUAUGAGACAACCUGAAGAUUUAGUGGAUAUAGAGAAUAUGAGACAAGCUGGAGUGGAUAUCACAUUGGAUCUCAAGACAGCUCCUUCCUAUCUGACAGUCGGUUCAACUGGUAAAAUUGUGAGAGACAGUAAAGCUAAUCCAUGUCCUCCGGGUGAGCAUGCUUAUAUACUUGGAACAUGUGGUUUUACCUCGGGCAGCCAUGCUUACUGGGAGGUUAGACUGGAUAAGGAGAUGGUAGGCGUUAAAGAAUCCUGGUGGGUUGGACUGGCAAGUGGGUCUGUUAAAAGACAAGGUGAUGUACCAGCCACACCUUCCAAUGGUUUCUGGUUCCUGUCCUCAUACAAAGAGAAAGGCUUACGGCUUAAUAUGGCCCCCGACAUCCUACUUCCUGCCGAUCCUAGACCUCAGAUACUAGGGGUGUAUUUUGACUAUGACCAAGGAGUACUCUCUUUCAUCAACGUAAAAGACAAUAAACUGAUUGUCACUGUGAGAGCCAUGUUCAUUGGGGAGCUGUUUCCUCUUUUUAACCCAGGUCAAGGUGACACAGCCCCUAUGACGAUAUUAGAUGCUAGCCACUAUAAAACAAAACCUGUAGAAGAGUCUGCUUCUGAGACUGAUGCCCUUCUAGCUUCUAACCAAAGUCGCAAUCAUCAGACUUCUGAAUCCAAAGACUGUCUUUAAAUGUCUGUAAAACAAUGAAAACUACAGCACUAUAUAUUAACACAUUGUUUUAUGUAUCUAGUGCACUUCAUAUUAGGGUGUGUACAGUAGUAUUCUGCACUGGUCCAAUUCAUCAUCAUCUCCUUGCUCUUCUCCUUUGUCUGCAGUGCAAUUGGAUUUGAUUUGACUACCGUGGAAACAUAUGAUUGGUGAUGGAUUGAUGUAGUGGCUGGAUGGAUGUAGUAGCGAUAUAGUAGAUGGAUGUAGUGGAUUUAUGGCUGUAGUAGCGAUAUAGUAGAUGGAUGGAUGUAGUAGAUGGCUGGAUAUAGUGGAUGGAUGUAGUAGAUGGAUGUAUUGGAUUGAUGGAUGUAGUAGAUGGAUGUAGUGGAUUGAUGGAUGCACCGUAGUAGAGAGAUGUAGUUGAUGGAUGGAUGUAGUAGAUGGAUGUGGUAGAUUGAUGGAUGUACCGUAGUAGAGAGAUGUAGUUGAUGGAUGGAUGUAGUAGGUAGAUGGAUGGAUGUAGUAGAUGGAUGUAGUGGAUUGAUGGAUGUACCGUAGUAGAGAGAUGUAGUUGAUGGAUGGAUGUAGUAGAUGGAUGUAGUAGGUAGAUGGAUGUACCGUAGUAGAGAGAUGUAGUUGAUGGAUGGAUGUAGUAGAUGGAUGUAGUAGGUAGAUGGAUGUACCGUAGUAGAGAGAUGUAGUUGAUGGAUGGAUGUAGUAGGUAGAUGGAUGUCUACAUGGUGUUUGGUUUGACCAUCCCCUGUUUUUCACAGCAGUGCAGAACAGGAGACGGAAAGAGAAGCUCCUUGCAAUAUAUCCGCUUUCUAUAUUGCUCACUAUAAUUAUUUUAAUGGUAGAGGCAUCUUUCUAUAGUUCUCAAUAUUAUUAUUUUAAUGGUAGAGGCAUCUGGUGACACUUCAUUUGAAACUGUAGAUUUUUCCCUGUUACAGUUUGCAAUAUAGAGCAACGUACUGCUCACUAGAAAAUAUCAGAUUAUACUGACUGGAGUAUGUGCAUUGAAAAACAAAAAAAUCAUACUGGGAAAAAUCUUUUUCAACAGCCAACUGGAAAACUUCAGCCAUCUUUCUAGGGCUCCAUCUUUCCGACUUGAAGUUCAUUGACUUAAUGAUUUGACCUCGUUUUUUCCCCCCAAGUUCCCAUUUUAUCUUGAAAGCAACAUGACCAUCACAUGCAGGUACCAUCAGUUCAGGAAAAUAAAAAGCAAAUUAUUUCAAUUUAUGCUCAGCUGUGCGUCGCAAGUGCUACACCAACUGAUCUAUUUUGUCAAUGAAAGCUUGAGAUUUGAAAUGUAAUAUUGUCUGAGAGGAACAAUAUUGGCAGUCUAGGGCCGUAGCCAAUAUCCUCUGAUAAUGUAUUAGGCCUCCUGAAAAAAAUCUAAUUCCUAACAGAACUGUUUUUAUCAUUUUAAUGUAAAAAUCUCCAAAUCGUGUUUAAAAUUUAAAAAAUCUGAAAAGAUGAUCUCGGCAUGCAAUAUGUUUUCUGGUUGUGGGAGUCUCAGUUUACACUAUUUUGUGUUUUGACCAAUCAGACCAGGUCUGAAAAGAUCUGAUGAGAAAAUAUCUGAUGUAAUUGGUCGAAAUACCAAUUAGUGGGAAAAAAUAUGAAUUACUGAGUAUAAUAGGCCACUCCUAUUUACCAUAUCUGUAUACCAUCUAUUGCAUCUUAGCCUAUGCCACUCGAUCAUUGCUCAUCCAUAUGUGUACAUAUUCUUAUUCCAUCCCUUUACUCAGAUUUGUGUGUAUUAGGUAGUUGUUGUGGAAUUGUCUUGGCCAGGUCGCAGUUGUAAAUGAGAACUUGUUCUCAACUGGCCUACCUGGUUAAAUAAAGGUGAAAUAAAAAAUAUAUUUAAAAAAUUAAGUGUUCACACUGAGAAAUUUUACAACAUGCCACAAUCAAAUCAAAUCAAAUUGUAUUUGUCACAUGCGCCGAAUACAACAGAUGUAAACCAUACAGUGAAAUUCUUACUUACAAGCCCUUUUUCAACAAUGUAAUUUUAAGAAAAAUACCCCCAAAAA